AUGCUGGAUUCACUCAUUGAUAUAUCCUCAUGUGACUUUCGGCGAUCGCUAGGAGCCCGAUGUCGCAAGGAGGCCGCAGUAAUGGGUGCCCGAGACUGGAUCGCCGGUGUUGCUGACAAGCCCUUGGGGAACUUAUCCCUGGUCGAGGACCCUGAGGGCGCCAGGGCCACCUCGCUCGUUACUCCGGAUAAGGUCUCGCGUCAGGAGGCUUUGCUCGGGCCCUUGGAGGUGGCAGCAUAUGUUGGCACUCAACUGACUCUGAUGCUGGGCGUGUGGGCGUCAGCGGGAGUCGUGGUGCUGACUAUUAUGAACAGUUCCCACACCCGCGGCCAGUACAUGUACUGGUUUCUGCUGAACCUGUCCGUCUCCACCAUCAUUUCCGGCUGUGGUGAAAUCAGGCGCCCGGGUCAGACCAGCCUGUACCACCCGAUGACGAUGGGCGUGGCCUUCAAGAACUUCCUGGACACCGGCAAGUACGCCAUCACCAGCCCCGACAUCUGCUUCGCCGCCAACGUGCUCGUCUCCAGCUACCGCUCGGUGGCCUGCUCCUCCAUUUUCCUGAUGGCGCUCGAGCGCUACGUCACCAUCAGGAAGCCGCUCACCCACUGCUACAUCCUGACGGGUAGGAGGAUCAGGCUGUCCAUCUCGGGCACGUGGGCCCUGGCCUUCUCCUUCGCGGCCGGGCUCUUCGUGCACAGGCUGGCGUUCAAGGCGCCGUCCAGGAUCUCCUUCUGCAGCCUCGACCUCUUCGAGGUGAGGAGGGUCAACGCCGCUCAGAUCUGCUUCGGGUCGUGCCUGUACGUGUGCGUCCUCGCCAUCUACGUCCACCUGCAGGUGAUCGCGCGGCGGCACCUGAGGAUCAUCGAGGAGGAGAGGAGGUCCUUCGGGCUGGCGCAGUACCAGAGGAACGUCAAACGGUCCAGCGUCGCCCUCAGGAUCACGCUCUUCAUCCUGUCGGUGGACGUCCCCAUCUACGUCAUGAACGUGCUCCUGUGGGUCAGCCCGAGGGCCGACGGGGAGAAGUACAUGAAGGGGAUCAUCAUGCUGCUCGUGGUCAGCCAGAUCCUGCAGCCGCUCUUCUACUCCCUCCUCUCGUCCGACUUCCGGAAGAGCCUGCGCUCGCUCUUCGGGAGGAACAGGGUGGGGCCGGAGGCUGGGGGGGGUCGCGUGCGUCCCGAGCCCCCCCGGAGCGUGGCUCGCGGCGCGGGGGACGGGGCGGCCGAUCGCGUCGGACGCCGGGGCCGACGCGCCAGCGGAGAUGGCGUGAAGGGCUUUGGUUCAAGGUGCAAUUGA